AUGGCGCCCCGCGCGGCCUGUGUGUGGUCCAGCUGGUGGCUGCUGUUGCUGCCCUUGCUUGGCCUGGCCGGCGCCAGCGGUCCUCGCACCUUGGUACUGCUGGACAACCUCAACCUCCGGGAGACGCAUUCGCUUUUCUUCCGGAGCCUGAAGGAUCGUGGCUUUGUACUCACAUUCAAGACCGCAGAUGAUCCCAGCCUGUCCCUCAUUAAGUACGGGGAGUUUCUCUAUGACAAUCUCAUCAUCUUCUCCCCUUCGGUAGAAGAUUUUGGAGGAAAUAUCAACGUGGAGACCAUCAGUACCUUUAUCGACGGUGGAGGCAGUGUCCUGGUAGCUGCCAGCUCAGACAUCGGUGACCCUCUCCGAGAGCUGGGCAGUGAGUGUGGGAUUGAGUUUGACGAGGAGAAAACAGCCGUCAUCGACCAUCACAACUAUGACAUCUCAGACCUUGGCCAGCACACGCUCAUUGUGGCCGACACGGAGAACUUGCUGAAGGCCCCCACCAUCGUUGGGAAAUCAUCUCUGAAUCCCAUCCUCUUUCGGGGUGUGGGGAUGGUGGCCGACCCUGACAAUCCUUUGGUGCUGGACAUCCUGACGGGUUCUUCCACCUCUUACUCCUUCUUCCCAGAUAAACCCAUCACCCAGUACCCGCACGCCGUGGGGAAGAACACCCUUCUCAUCGCGGGGCUGCAGGCCCGGAACAACGCCCGGGUCAUCUUCAGCGGCUCCCUUGACUUCUUCAGCGACGCCUUCUUCAAUUCGGCGGUGCAGAAGGCCACACCUGGCUCCCAGAGGUACUCCCAGACCGGCAACUACGAGCUGGCUGUGGCCCUCUCCCGCUGGGUGUUCAAGGAGGAGGGGGUCCUCCGGGUGGGGCCAGUGUCCCAUCAUCGGGUGGGCGAGACAGCACCACCCAACGCCUACACUGUCACUGACCUAGUGGAGUACAGCAUCGUCAUUGAGCAGCUCUCAGACGGCAAGUGGGUCCCCUUUGAUGGCGAUGACAUUCAGCUGGAGUUUGUCCGCAUCGAUCCUUUUGUGAGGACCUUCUUGAAGAGGAAAGGUGGCAAAUACAGCGUCCAGUUCAAGUUGCCUGACGUGUAUGGUGUGUUCCAGUUCAAAGUGGAUUACAACCGGCUAGGCUACACACACCUAUACUCCUCCACGCAGGUGUCCGUGCGGCCGCUGCAGCACACGCAGUACGAGCGCUUCAUCCCCUCGGCCUACCCCUACUACGCCAGCGCCUUCUCCAUGAUGCUCGGGCUCUUCAUCUUCAGCGUCGUCUUCCUGCACAUGAAGGAGAAGGAGAAGUCCGACUGA